UUCACCAGCCUCCCCGCAUUCUCAGCCAGGUGCCGCGCUAAGCCAGGCAGCUCCGGGAAAGCCACGGGAGGGGGGUGAGGGAGCUACUGCAGUAGACACAGCAGAGAAAAGAACCUGAGAAGGUGAGGGUGGAGAGGGGGAGAAGGAGGAGCUUCCUGCCCUCGCCAGAAAAUUACCUGGCCACUUAAUCCCAGAGACUCCGGUACUUGGGCCCCAACCUUGGGUGACCCGCAGCCCUCCCACACCCUGCCCUUCCUAUUCCCACUCAUCCCCCGGGGCCUGCCUGGGUGUCGGGACUGGCAUGAUCAGCUGAACUUUGUGGGGUGAGAGCUGCUCUCUGGCUUCCCCUCGGCGGUGCAGAGGCGAGGGGAACCGGCUCAGGACGGACAGACAGGCAGACAAACAAUCGCGUCCAGGCUCGCCCACAGAGUCCCUGCUCUCCCGCCCCCCACCCGCCUAGCCUCCGGGACCAUGUCCAAACCUUCAGACCACAUCAAGCGACCCAUGAACGCCUUCAUGGUAUGGUCCCGAGGCCAGCGGCGCAAGAUGGCCCAGGAAAAUCCCAAGAUGCACAACUCAGAGAUCAGCAAACGCCUAGGCGCCGAAUGGAAGCUUCUAUCCGAAGCAGAGAAGCGGCCGUACAUUGACGAGGCCAAGAGGCUACGCGCUCAGCACAUGAAGGAGCACCCCGACUACAAGUACCGGCCACGGCGCAAGCCCAAGAACCUGCUCAAGAAGGACAGGUAUGUCUUCCCCCUGCCCUACCUGGGCGACACGGACCCGCUCAAGGCGGCUGGCCUGCCGGUGGGGGCCUCCGACGGCCUCCUGAGCGCGCCCGAGAAAGCCCGGGCCUUCUUGCCGCCUGCUUCGGCGCCCUACUCCCUGCUGGACCCCGCGCAAUUUAGCUCCAGUGCCAUCCAGAAGAUGGGUGAAGUGCCCCACACCUUGGCCACCGGCGCGCUGCCCUACGCUUCCACCCUGGGCUACCAGAACGGAGCCUUCGGCAGCCUCAGCUGCCCCAGCCAGCACACGCACACCCACCCGUCCCCCACCAAUCCGGGCUACGUGGUGCCCUGUAACUGUACCGCAUGGUCUGCCUCCACCCUGCAACCCCCGGUCGCCUAUAUCCUCUUCCCCGGCAUGACCAAGACUGGCAUAGACCCUUAUUCAUCAGCCCAUGCCACGGCCAUGUAACCCCCUGCCAACGGCCAGACCUGGAGGGGGCCUGGAAGCAGGGUCUGCACCCUAUCCGCUGCGCCUUGUCCCUGCAGAAGCCUGGGGAGGUCAGACCGGCAGACACUUCCUACCAGACCCCAGACUCUGCCUCUCUCUUUCAGGAGUAUGGUAGGGGUGUCCUCCAGGACCCAAGGAACAGACAGGUGCCAGAAACUUGCAAAUAUUUUGUCAGUUAUAUGGCUGUCCCUACCCCUACUGUUCCCAAACAAAUCUCCGACUGUAUCCCCUUUGGACAAAAAAAGUAGGCAGUUUGCUUUUAUUUAUGUCCCCUUUUCUCUCCUCUGAUGGGCUUUGAACUCCAGAACUCUCAGAUCCUGGUAUAAACCUAGAAUAUGCAUAUUUUUUUUCUUUUGCACCCUGAAGAAAAGAGUUAGCUGUGUCACUGUGUUUUGCCAUAAGACACAACUAGGUGCCAUUUGCUCUUCUUGUGUGGGGGGAAAGGCUUAAAAGUUUAAAACUACAGAAAGGGAAACAUUUCUAUUUAAAACCAUGCUAUAAUAGUGUUUGCUUCUUUAAAGGUAAAACAAAAGGACCCACAUGGUUAUUUACUUUGUAUAAAGCAGUGCUCCUAGACACCUAAGCUUACUUUUAGACAGAAUGUCCGGUUAUGAAGUCAGGAAGUAGAAAGUGAACAAAAAAAUUAAAGAAUAAAACAUCUUAAAUGGUCAUAAAUGUUUUGACGAUGUCUUGGAAAUGUACCUAGAAGGAUUUCACCUCCUUACUCUGUUCAUUUGUUGAACAAAGAUGUUUUGAAUAAAGACAAUC